AUGAGUUUUUCGAAUAAAGAGAAUAUCGAUGAUGUUUAAAUACUUUUAGAUUAGGAAGAAGUGUUAGAAUUCAUGAAGCAAAUUAAAAUGAUGAACAAAUAAUUUAUUUCGUAAAUCAAAUAGCUGAUUCGAGAGAAAGAAGAGUAUAAAUUUUUGAUUUAAGAACUACAAAGUCAAUUAUAAAGAAAGUGCGAUUAAUUACAAUAAUAGGAAUUAAUUAUCUAAGAGUGUGAACUAUAGGUAGCAUUUUUAUAGGUUAUUGUAGUUAGAGUCAUGCAGGUCGAAUUAUGAGGAAAAAGUUAAUCAGUUAGAAAUAGAGAUGAAGUUAAGUUAAAUGGUUUUCUAAAUUGAAUUAAGUCAAUAGAAAUAAGAGAUUGUGGAUUUAAGUGAUAAAUUGAAAAGUACUCAAUAAGGUUAUUCAACUACUGUAGCUACUUCAUUUUUAUAAACAUCAUUUAAUUAGAGAUAAGAUAGUUUAUUCAAGGUAUUAAUAAUUGAAUAUAUUUAGGAUAGUCAUACAUUAGAGAGUGUAGGAUAAACUGAAGGGGAAUAAAGUAUAAUGUCUAAUAAGAAUAAAGGAUAAAGAAUGAUGUUAAAAAUUAUGUAAGAUCCAAUAAGUAACUUAAAAAAAUAGAAGGAUUUAAUUAAGCGUGAAAUUACUUUAUGGUAAGAUGAAUUCUUGAAAAAGGAAGGUAGACCACCUUCUGUUAAUGAUAAGCAAUCGAUCAGUACAAAGUUUUAUCAAUAUACAAUAUUGAAGAAAUAAUUGAAUGAUCGCAGUACUAUCAUUUAAGAUAGUACAGAUUGCAAAAAUAUUGGUGUUUAAUGCCAUUUGAUAGAAAUAUCAUAAAUAUCUUCAUUACAAGAUCAAUUAAAAUAAAAAACUAAUGAAGUUAAGAGAUUAAGUUUUUAGUUAGAAGAUAUUAAAGGUAAAGUAAAAGUUUACUGCAGAGUAAGACCUUCAAAUAAUCUAGAUAAAAUAAAAGGUAUUUAUUUAAAGUAAAAAUAGAUUGCGAAGUUUAAUUUAUAGAUGAGUAGCACAUGUCUCUAAAAUAAAAAAUUUUCAAUUUCGACAUUUGUUUUAAUUAAUAAUCUACUUAAAAAGAUAUGUAUGAAGAAAUAUAGUAAUCACUUUAAGCCAUUUUUCAUGGUUUUAAUUUAUGUAUUUUUGCUUAUGGCUAGACUGGUAGUGGUAAAACAUAUACUAUGUUUGGAACAAAAUAAUAACCUGGAGUAAUUCCCAAUUUAAUAGAAGAUAUAUAUGCAUAUAUUAGAAAAACUAAUCUAGAAUGUACAAUCAUAGUCAAUUCUCUUGAAAUUUAUAAAGAGAAUAUUAUUGAUUUACUAAAUGACUAAUAAAAUACUUAAACUUUGGAACUUAAGGAGAAUUCGAAUGGAUAAGUUUUUGUUUAAAAUCUAACAAAUAUAAAAGUUCAAAAUAUGCAUGAAUUAAUGGAUUUAAUUGAGUUUGCAUCUUCUAAAAGAAAAUAAAGUUUAACUGAAAUGAACGAUUCUAGCUCAAGAUCUCAUAUGUGCACUCAACUCACUAUUGAAACUUUUAAUAAAAUUACAUAAUAAGUAUAUAUACGCACUUAUUAUAAGAAAUUCAUCAGUCAUGUGAAUUUGAUUGAUUUAGCUGGCUCAGAAAGAUGUAAUAAAUCAAGACUUAAGCAAAAUCAAUUAGAUGAGGCUAAAUAUAUAAAUAAAAGUCUUUCAGCUCUCAAUGAUGUUAUGAUUGCACUCUCAACAAAAAGUAAUUUCAUUCCUUACAGAAACAGCAAACUCACAUAUUUAAUGAGGGAUUCGUUAGGAGGCAAUGUAUAAUUAUUUUAUGAUUUUAGUCAAAAACAAUAAUGAUUAUAAAUAUAUCACCUUCAUUUAUAAACUUAGACGAAUCAUUAAGCUCACUGCAAUAUGGACAAAAAGUGAAAUAGAUAACGAAUUAACCAAUUAAGAAUUUAGAGCCAUUAGAACAAAUAAAAAAAUAAUAAAAAGUAUGUAAUUAGCAUGAUGAAAGUGCGUAAUUAAGAUAAUUAAAGUGA